AUGGAUAGAAAGCAGCCAGCAUUGGAACAUAGUGAGCACGCCGAGGCUGUCUCUACCCGGGCUGACGUCGAGCUGUACGAGCCUUAUGGGCCAGCAGGGAUCCGUGGCAUCGUCCGGUCACCGUAUGUCGUCGCAUGCGCAUCUCUCAGUGCCAUCGGCGGCAUCCUGUUUGGCUACGACCAGGGUGUCAUCUCUGUCAUUCUCGUCAUGGAUCAAUUCUUGCAUAGAUUCGGCGAGGUGUCCGAUACAGCUCCCGGAGCAGGAUUUUACAAGGGACUCAUGACCGCCAUGAUUACUCUGGGCGCUUUCAUCGGUGCUAUGAAUCAAGGUUGGUUGGCCGACGCCUAUUCGCGAAAAUAUUCCAUCAUGAUCGCCGUGGUCAUCUUUACCAUUGGCUCCGCGUUGCAGACGGCAGCAGUGAACUAUCCUAUGCUGGUCGCUGCUCGACUGGUUGGGGGUAUUGGCAUCGGAAUGCUAAGUAUGGUUGUUCCGCUGUACAUUUCCGAAAUAUCACCACCCGAAAUCCGAGGUACCCUGCUCGUUCUGGAAGAACUCAGCAUUGUGGUCGGCAUCGUCGUUUCGUUCUGGAUUACAUACGGCACACAGUACAUUGACUCGCACUGGUCCUGGCAGCUUCCUUUUCUUCUUCAGAUUAUCCCAGGCCUCAUACUUGGCGUCGCUGCCAUCUUCCUGCCCUUUUCGCCGCGCUGGCUAGCAUCCAAGGGCCGGGACCAGGAGGCCUUGGCCGAACUGGCAAAGCUGAGACGUCUACCAACGGCCGAUGCUCGGAUCCAGAGGGAGUGGUCCGACAUCGUGACAGACGCGAAAUUCCAGGCCGCCAUUGUGAAGCAGCGCCACCCCAGCCUCACGACUGGCGGCAUGAUGAACAAGGUCAAGCUAGAAUUUGCCGGCUGGGUAGACUGUGUCCUGCCCGGCUGUUGGAGGAGAACCCAUGUGGGCGCUGGCCUCAUGUUUUUUCAACAGUUUGUCGGCAUCAAUGCCCUGAUCUAUUACUCGCCGACACUCUUUGGAACCAUGGGCCUUGAUCACAAUAUGAGCCUUGUCAUGUCCGGUGUCGUGAACGUCGUGCAACUCAUCGGUGUCGUCUCCAGCCUAUGGACUAUGGAUCGGUUUGGGCGGCGCAAGCUACUACUGGCUGGUAGCGCUGCCAUGUUCACCUCUCACACCAUCAUUGCUUCUCUAGUCGGAUUGUACUCGGGCAACUGGCCGCAGCAUACGACUGCGGGUUGGACGAGUGUUGCCUUUCUCUUCAUGUACAUGCUGGCGUUUGGAGCUACCUGGGGACCGGUCCCGUGGGCCAUGCCUGCCGAAAUCUUUCCAUCUUCGCUACGAGCCAAGGGCGUUGCCAUUUCAACAUGUUCGAGUCUAUGGACAUUUUUCUUUGUGCCGGAAACAAACGGCAAGACACUGGAGCAGAUGGAUCAAGUAUUCAAUGACUAUACGGGGGCAGAAGAGCUGGCACAACGGGCCAACUUGCGCAGACUUUCCGAGCAAGAUAUAUAG